CUCGUCGCCGCGCCCCCGCGCCCGCUCCCGCUCCCGCUCCCGCGCCGCCCGGGCACGCGCCCGCCAAGAUGGCAGGGGCCGGGGCCCGGCUGUCAGGCGCCGCGGUCGCCGCGCUGCCCCGCGGUUAGGCCCCGCCGCCCGCAAGAUGCGCGCCCGCCGCCCGCAGCCCAGACGCCGCACGCGGAGCCGCGCCCCGGCCCCGCCGCCCCGCUGACCCCGAUCGCCGCCGCCGCCGCGACCAUGAGCGAACAGAGCAUCUGCCAGGCGCGGGCCUCCGUGAUGGUCUAUGAUGACACCAGUAAGAAGUGGAUGCCCAUCAAGCCCGGGCAGCAGGGUUUCAGCCGGAUCAACAUCUACCACAAUACCGCUAGCGGCACCUUCCGCGUGGUGGGGGUCAAGCUCCAGGACCAGCAGGUUGUAAUCAAUUAUUCAAUCGUGAGAGGCCUGAAGUACAACCAGGCCACACCCACCUUCCACCAGUGGCGAGAUGCCCGCCAGGUGUACGGUCUGAACUUCGCAAGCAAGGAAGAGGCGACCACCUUCUCCAACGCCAUGCUGUUCGCGCUGAACAUCAUGAACUCCCAGGAGGGAGGCCCCGCCACCCAGCGGCAGGUGCAGAAUGGGCCGUCUCCUGACGAGCUGGACGUCCAGAGGAGACAAGUGAUGGAGCCGCAGCAGCAGCAGCAGCAGCAGCAGCAGCAGCAGCAGCGCCAGGAGUCCCUGGAGAGGAGGAGCUCCCCCACCGGACACGUUCUCCCACCGGGCCACCCCUCAUCUGCAGCCGGCGCCCCCCUCUCCUGUAGCGGGCCUCCACCCCCACCCCCACCCCCUGUCCCACCUCCACCCACGGGGGCCACCCCACCGCCCCCACCCCCGCUGCCAGCCGGGGGCGCCCAGGGCUUCGGCCACGACGAGAACUCCGUGUCAGGGUUGGCGGCCGCCCUGGCCGGGGCCAAGCUCAGAAGGGUGCAGCGGCCUGAGGACGGGUCUGGAGGCUCCAGCCCCAGCGGGACGUCCAAAUCAGACACCAACCGGGCAAGCAGUGGGGGUGGAGGAGGCGGCCUCAUGGAGGAAAUGAACAGACUGCUGGCGAAGAGGAGAAAAGCUGCUUCCCAGACAGACAGGCCGGCUGAGAAGAAGGAGGACGAGAGCCAGACGGAGGAGCCCAGCACCUCACCGUCCACCGGGAGCAGAGCAGCUGGUGGGCAGCCCAACCCCGCAGAGGCUGGCCGGAAGCCCUGGGAACGGAGCAACUCGGUGGAGAAGCCGGUGUCCUCGCUGCUGUCCAGAACCCCAUCCAUGGCCAAGAGCCCCGAAGCUAAGAGCCCCCUGCAGUCGCAGCCACAAUCUAGGAUGAAGCCUGCGGGCAGCGUGAACGACGUAGGCCUGGAUGCCUUAGACCUGGACCGGAUGAAACAGGAGAUCCUGGAGGAAGUGGCCCGGGAACUGCACAAAGUGAAGGAGGAAAUCAUCGAGGCCAUCAGGCAGGAGCUGAGUGGCAUCAGCACCUCCUAGUGCACCUGGCCCCCCACCAGCCAAUAGACGGACGGACAGACAGCGGGGACAGCGAGGAGCCUGGGGCGCAGGCCAGACCCCCAGGCACGGUCUGCCCAGCACCAGGCUCAGGCUGAGGGCUCUCAGAGCCUGCCCGACACAGAACAUCAGGUGUACUUGCCUUUGUAUUUUAUAUCUGCUUAUUUAAGUGUACACUCCCUUUGGUUUCUAGAGAAGAUACCCCGUCACCGCUUCAUUCCGUGGCCCCCGAGUUCUUCCCUGGGUGGCGGGCGGGUGACCGUCCAGUGUGAAGGUGUCCACCCCACACUGUGUGUCCACGUGGUAAUAAACGGUUCCUGUCCACA